AUGUCCAAUCCCCUCUUUUUUUCCCCUUGUUUUUCUUUACUCAGGCUGUUAAAAUGAUAAAACUGAAGCUAUUUAUUUGCAAUACUUUAAUCCCUGUGUUCCUAACCAGGGGCCCAUGAUGGAGAUGGUCACUGCCGCCUUGGCAGGGGACCUUUGGUGCUCUGUCAGUGGCGAUGUUGAGGCUGAUAGGACUUCGGUCGCCCGAAGUGGUGGGUCCAAAGCCAGCCUGAGCUCCAGCAAGGCUCCUCUGAUGGGUCCCCACCAGGACAGGACAGACAGACAACGCUGCAGCUGUCCUGGCAUGGAAAAGAGGAUCAACAGAAGCAGGACAAAGACGGGUCUGCGGAUGUGUGGAUCCACCCUCAGCCACCUGAGAGCACGAGAGGGUACGACGUGGUGAGAACUGGAGCUCCAGGAGGUUCUUUGCACCCAGAGCAGGAACAGGGCUGGGAAGACGUCGUUCACCUUGUGCACAUGACGGGACCCCACGUAUGUCAACAGGGACCUGACAUAUGGAGCACCACGUGUGAUGGAUAAAACAUCACAACCUACAAGCAGAAACCUCAUGGAUUUACCAUAAACCCAUUUUGCAAGCGGUCCUGUUAAGCCAGCACCCUGGUUCCUAAAUCCCUUACCAGGAAUUUGGGUUCCCUGCGCUGGGUUUCUCACCUGGCUCCCACGCAACACCCGCUGUAAUCCAAGUAAACCAGUGAAAAACAUCCAGCUUGAUUAACCUGCUUCACUCUGAGACAGGCUCCCUAAUUUGCAUGCGGGAGGCACACGUCGGCUUAAUGGAAUUAGCUGUAAUUAACGCCACCAGAGCUCGGCGCGUGCAGCUCCGGGGGACUGCGCGCCCACAGCACAGCACCCGGUGACACUUGAGCCAUCGAGGGCUCUGAUUCAGUGGUUCCUCAUCACCGAGCUCAGCUGCCGUGUUGACUCACUGCCGGGCAGCGGAACGGAGGAAAUUGGUUAAAAUAUUGCAGCAUUGUGUAAACCUGGGGACAAGUCCAACUUCUCAGCUGCUGUACAGCUCAGUGGGUUUGUCCAUACGCUCACAUCCCGUGAUGUUCGUGGUCAGGAUGGAGUAGAAGUCCCUUUCGUGGACCACGGACCAAGACCACCCAUCCUCUUCAGCUACCAGCACGUGGCACAUCAGCAGCUCCACAUCAGGCCCGGCUUCUUGUUUUCUUGGCUGAUGAGAUGCAAUUUCUGCAGUCGCCUGCCCUGCUCCAGAUAUUGGGCUGCAGGAUUCCCCCCAGCAGAGCCUGGUUUGACAUCAAAUCCUCGUCUACAACUGGAGCAACACCUCGUCAGCUCAAGCCCUGUGUCUCAGACCGUGUUAUUUCACAAUUAACUCACCCUCCAGGAUCGGAGGGUUCCUUGCCUUUUGCUCUGCCAGCAAGCUGCGAACCAGCCUCCUUUAAAGAAACUGAAACCCCCCAAAGGCCAAAUUCUCACCUCGUGUCCACUGCCCGGCAGCCAAGACAUGCGUCCUUGCGCGAGUGAAAGUGGAUAUGACACAGAUUUAAUGAGGCAACAGCUUCCUGGCAGCGCCACAGGCUGCUUAGAAGCUGUAUCAUUAUUCAUUUACUUGACUAAUGCAGUCGUGUUGUGAAAAAGAGAGGGGAAAGCUGUCUGAAGUGCAGAGUACAUGAGAAGGCUUCUGAAAAAUAGAGCUAGAUCAGCAGGGUCUGCUGGAGCUUAGGCAUCGAGCAUGUCUUAGUUUGGAGGUUGGUGGAGAAGCCUUCCCAGGAACCUUCUGAAGGUUUAGGGGCCUCAUCUCCACGCUUUCAAUGUUUUGAGUCUGCCCUGGUUGCAUGGACCACAUCAGAGGACCCCCGAGUGGCUGCUGGUGGUGGGCAGCUCUGGGUCCCUCUGGUGCCACCCUGCUCCAGCAGGGCCACCCCGAGCAGGGAGGCGUUUGAAGUAAGCCUCACGUUCUCCUCCAGAUUUCUGACUGACACAUCCCCGUUCUCUAAAAGUUUGAAAAAGACGAGGAUCAAGGUGAGAUGCCAUCUGUGUCGUUGUUGUCUGUAUUACCGGUGAGUAAGGGGAGAAUCUGCACGACCCAGGUGGCAAGCGGCACUUAUCAGCGGGUCUGGGUAAUUCAUUUUGGCUACAGUGCAGUAUUUUCCCCUAAAAGGUAAGACUCGUGGAGGAGAACAGGGCAGAAGCCAAUCUGUAGACACUGCCAGAGAGGAGCAGGAUUUCUGAGCAUGCAUUUGGGGGCUGUACCCAAGGCAGGGCUCGGGAGGCCUCCCAGGUCCUUACAAUCCCAGCUGAGGGGUCAGACGAGGGCGCUGAGCUGAGCGUUACGUGAAGAAUCACAUCGCUGCCGUUUUCCCCACACCCUGGGCUCCACCUUCCCAGCCAGUCUGGCUGCAGCACAUCAAUCUCAAUUGCACUAACGCUUUUAUGCUCCCCUCCUGUUUGCAGCUAAGCUGAUGAAGCCGAGAUGUAGAGGUGACCUCUCUAAUUAACACCCAGGCAACCUGCCCUGAGCUCUGUCAUCCUAGACAGGCCCCGGGAAGAGGUUGGAGCUGGCUUCCUCACCGAGUGCAGGAGUCAGCACGAGUGCUGGAGCCAUAUGUGCUGAUGUUGGGCUGACAGGGUACAGGGAGAUGCCCUAGGAGCCUCCAGGACAUGUCCUAGAAGCGUUUCUUGCAGAAUAACUCGUUCUAUAAAAACAUCCCCGUUGGAAAUGGGGAGGAAAAUCCCAAAUGAUGAGUUCUCGUGGGGUGAGCGUGUUGGAAUCGUGGCUCCUGGAGCAGGGGGGGUGAAGGGACUGUUGGGCCACGUGGCCAACGUGGCAAAUGGUCCUCAGCCCUUCUGCAACCUCUUUCUUCCCUUGAAAUGCAACGGAUGCGAGUGGCCAACCUCCUGGUGGGUGUUGGAGGUGGCUCGGUCAGAAAUAUAUUGAAGAAAAUGAGUAAACCCCUGGGGAAGUACAUCCUUUUGGAGCCACUGGCUGCUCAGCUCACUGUCUCGUGUUGCAGUGGAUCCUCUGGGUCAUCUUCAGCCCCGUCUUCUUCCAGGAGCUUUGCUCUACGUGCACGACAGCAAGGAUUUGGGCAAGGAGGACAACCCACGAGUGCUACCUGAGGGUCACCACGUGGAAGAACAAAGUCUCUGAUACCAGGUAGUGCUCGAUGUAUCUCCAAAUGAUUUGAAGCAGAAGGAUGCUGCUAUCAAGCAAGAGUUUGGACUCAGUUAUGCCAGCAUACAUCCACAGUUGGCAUCCGCUGAUGCCAACAGCUCUGCCUUCGUCAGCUCUCCGCAUGCUUUUGGGAGCUGCUGGAAAUGGCAUCCUCAGACAUCUGUCUGCUCAGAGCUGAAGGCAGAGAUGGCAAGCGGAAAAAAAAAAUCACAACUGUAUGUUUUUUGGCUCUGGGGUGAAGAGACUCAGCAGGAAAAUUGCCUAAAAAGCUCUUGGCAGGACCGUUUGGAGUCAGCGUUUGCUGGGGCUGCUUCUGACCUGCCAUAAAAAGAGCAGUGGUGCCAUUUGCUCCUUUCCUUCCUCUGCUCCAAGGAACGUGGGCUUGCUGGCAAGCCGCUUGUUUUCCAGACUGUCUUGUUUCUCAGCGUGGAAAACCCCAUGGAAAAAUCAAGGAAGGUCAUUGCCUGGAGCCCUCCUCUAACGCCGUCUGCUCCCCUGCAGAGGUCCAUCCCUGCCAAAGUCCUAGAGGGUUUGUGGCUAGGAGAUGGCAUUGGCUUCCCGGCAAGCCCAACCCUGCUGCUUAUGCCGUGAGAAACCCCAGCAAGGUGGUUUAUCAGCCGUUAUCUGCCGAUACCCUGAGGCUGUGGCAGAGGGCAGCACCCCAUCACCACUGCUGACCACGGCAGGAAGAUGGAGAUUUGCCAUGGCUGUCACUCAGCCCCCUGCUACUUCGAAAUCCAUCAACUUAUGUCUGGAAGAAAGGCUCGGAGAUGUGGGGGGUUCUCUCCCCUUUUAGGAAGAUGGCUGUUUGAAAGCCCAGGCAUAAAGGGCUGGGCUGGGCUGGCACGUUUGAGCUUAAUAUUGCAGCACAUCCCUAAAUGGGGCUUUGCAACGCCACCUUUUUUUUCCAGCACUUGGACUUUUUCCUCCUGAGGUGGCUUAUUCGUACGCAGGCGAGCGCUUGCUCGGGAGAUCAGAUCGAUGCCGGGUAGGAAAGCUGUUAGAGCAAGCCCAGCUCUCCUCUAAUCACACCCUGCUGGGCAAAAGGCUGCUCAGACGGCCAGGGCACGGGGCUGGGGACCCGAGCCUGGUUCCCCACGCUUGUGUGACAUGGUUUCACCCCCGAGGAUUCGAGAUUUAGGGUGAGAGUAAAUGCUCCAGCAGCCCCAUGCUGGAUUUGUGUUACCUGAGUCGCCCUCUGUACAUAUACCCACACGCUCCUUUCCCUUGGGGUUGUUUCCCAGGCAGAUAACCUUCCCUCUCUUUACCUGGUCAGUGUUUUCAGUCUCUUAGCACCUCCCUCUCACCUGCGCCACCAAUUCUCCCCUCCAAUACCCAGCACAAGUUCGCGUCUUCAUCGCUCUCCAACAGCUUCUUGCUGCUCGACUUUUGCUUAAUAGCAGGCAGCCCGUUACAAAGCUCCCUUGAUUUGUGACCGUGUCGAGGUAGGCACCGAUAUGGACAAUUAAGAGCCGAGCACAGUGGUGUGGAUUUCCUGGCAGAGAUCCCAGUUAGCACCAGCUCGUUGCCAGCCAGUGCCACCAGAACUCACGGCCGAUGCCUUCGAUGGGGCAGCGGGGCAGGGGGUGGGUUUUGUUAGGGUUUUCUGUGUAUUAUGGCUUCUACCUUUCAAUUUUUGCAGAAAGAAUAGGGAAAAAAUCAUCUUUUUGACACGGAUCCUUGGAUGGAAAGGUCUCUUCUGGCCUGGCACUGAAGACCUGGCCGUCGGGGUUCUGCUUUCCCGUGGAGGGCCACGCAGUAAGUACGAGGUUUGUUGGCUCCCACUCCCUCCAGGUCAUACGUGCCAGGCUUACUGCUUUUCCUACCCCUGCUGAGCACCUCCCCAGCCACCACAGCAGCAUCUUCAUGGAAGCAGCAUCGCCAAAUUCAGUCCCAAACCAGACUUGAUUUAGGCUUCACUUCUCCAUCAUGGGCAAGGACAGCAAUCUGGCUUCAAACCCCAGAGCUGCCUGUGCCAAAAAGCAAGAGGAGCUGCCGUAGUUCCCCUUUUUUGCUACCAACCCUUUGGUCCCGAUGACCCCCAUAAAUAAAGCAGCUAAUUAACGCCCUUCUCCUCCCACCAGGGAUUGACUGUGACCUUGAACGACCUUGCUUAAUCCAACUUUCUCGACCAGCUAUUUUCGACAGCGAAUAAUUUAACGUUCUUGUGACCCUGGCCUUGUCUCUCUCCUGCCAACUGGCUCUGCAGUGUCAACCAACAGCAAUAAAUAAAUACAUAUCUGCAGAGGGACCUAAAUGACUCCCAUUACUGGAGCAUCUGAAGGCCUGCUUAAAUAAAUCAAGUGAGGAGGAGAUUAUGCUGCAAUCAUGUGGAGAGGAAAAAGGAGAGAAUACAUUCCAGAGGCUGCGAGCGGCGUUGUCAAAUUCGGAAGGAUGCUGCUUAAUCCAAGUGCUCCUGGGCCGUUGGAGGAGUCGUGUUGGUGCCUUCAGAGAGGAGAAGAUGCUCGGCUCGCCCUCACCAGCAGCUCCUGCACUGGCGAUGGGGCCCGCGGAAGCCUCUCCCUGCUUUUUUGUAGGGUGAAGAUGAGGAUAAGGGUGCCAGCCGCCUGCCCCUGCGACUGUUUUCUCCUUUUUCUCCCCUAGAUGUGCCCCUGGGGCAGGGGGGAGCAGGAGCCCUGACCCACCUCCCACCCCGGGGUGGGCAGACCCUUGCCGUCACCCACCCCAGGACCACAGGGUGUGCGACAACCUGUUCCCAGGAGGGCAGAAAACCUCACUAAUCAGCCUGCUUUGGGAUCCCACAGGGAACAACACGAUGCCUUCGCAUGUUGAAGGAACCACCGGCUGCAAUUUGCCUUUUCCUUAUUCCUCCUUUAAUUACAGGCCACGAUUUUAAAGCCUGGGCAUUUAUUUCUUCCCCCUCGUGCAUCCGUCACCUUGCCCCUAUCGCCAAGGCCUCGUGCAUUGGCGUUAAUUGUAUUUACAUCAUUUUCCUUCCCCUGCUGAGGCUGAAAUUGAAAACGCAGCCGAACCUGCAGCGAACUCGGGGUGGCAACGAGAGCGGGCUCGGGCUGCUCGUCCUUGGGGGGAGAAGGGAGCGCUUGGGGACCCUAAUUCAGCGCAGGAGCUUUUCCCUAAAGCUUUCCAGCCUGUUGACAGAAUAAAAACCCGUCUCCUGUUGCUGACUUGUCCAAGGAGAGUCCCUGUUCUCUCUUUUUUUUUUUUUUUCCUUGUUCUUCUGUUGCUGCUCCUUCAUUCCUUCCCUUCGUUCGGUGCUGUACAAUAUCCCCUGGUCCCCAUAUCCCCAUGCCCCUACUUAUCCCCAACCCUAUAACCCCUUAACCUAACCCCACAGUUAAUUAAUAUUGGAGUGUCCUUCACCAAUUAACGCCCAUGGGUGCCAGUUAAAGCACAUCGCAAAUCAGGAUGGGCUCCGUGAUCUCCCUGCCCUGUUUUUAGGGCCAUUACUGAAGAUUUGGGGCUUGGGGUUGGAGGCGUACAUAGGGUCUACUCCAUGUAAGGGUCCCUUACAAACCUUCAGAAAUAGCUUUCACCAUUCUUUUUUUUUUUUUUUUUAAAUCCUUUUGAUGCUGAGUUUUCCACCACGCUGGGGGUGAUGGUUCAGUGCUGUGCACAGCUCGGGCUCUGGAACUAAUAUGGGAUCCUAAAUAUGAUUUUUUUUUUUCCCCGCGUUUUUUCCCUGUGCAAUUUUUGUUGGGGUGAGGGAAGGAAAUGGCACGGAACGGGGUCAUUGCGCUGACCUGGUUCUGAGCACAGCCAGACGAUGGCAGCCCCCAGGCCUGCAGGGCAGAAAGGGAAAGGAGGAGGAGGAGGAGGAGGAGGAGAACAUGAACAAAUGGGGAGGAGAACAGGAGCAAACGGCUUUUGCUGAAGGAGAAAACACCACACGCGUGGAACCAGAGGCUCUGGCAAACAAAUGAGGGCCGGUGGGGAAGGAUGUUUUCCUCGGUGAAGCCGUACGAGAACCAGCGCUAUGCCUCCCUGAAGAAGGAGUGCCUGCGGCGGAAGCAGCUCUUUGAGGACCCUCUCUUCCCCGCCAACGAUGACUCGCUCUUCUACAAGUCAAGGAUCCAGGGCAUCCAGUGGAAGCGGCCAAAAGAAAUCUGCGACGAUCCCCGUCUCUUUGUGGACGGGAUCAGCUCCCACGACUUACACCAGGGCCAGGUCGGAAACUGCUGGUUCGUGGCUGCCUGCUCCUCCCUGGCGUCCCGCGAGUCUCUGUGGCAGAAGGUCAUCCCGGACUGGAAGGAGCAGGAGUGGAACCCCGAGAAACCGGAGAGCUACGCAGGGAUCUUCCACUUCCAGUUCUGGCGCUUCGGGCAGUGGCUGGACGUGGUCAUAGAUGACCGCCUGCCCACACUCCACAACCAGCUCAUCUACUGCCACUCCAACUCCAGGAACGAGUUCUGGUGCGCCUUGGUGGAGAAAGCUUAUGCCAAGCUGUCAGGCUGUUACGAGGCCCUUGAUGGAGGCAACACAGCAGAUGCGCUGGUAGACUUUACUGGUGGGGUCUCUGAACCAAUUGACCUGACCGAAGGGGACUACAUCACCGAUGAAGCCAAGCGAAACCUCCUGUUUGAGCGUGUGUUGAAGGUGCACAACCGGGGAGGCCUCAUCAGCUGCUCCAUCAAAGCCACAUCGGCGGCUGACAUGGAGGCCCGCCUGGCUUGUGGGCUGGUGAAGGGCCACGCGUACGCGGUGACAGACGUGAGGAAGGUCCGCCUGGGUCACGGCCUGCUCUCCUUCUUCAAGUCGGAGAAGCUGGAUAUGAUCCGCAUGCGGAACCCGUGGGGUGAACGGGAGUGGAACGGACCUUGGAGUGACACCUCUGAGGAGUGGCAGAAAGUGAGCAAAAGUGAAAGAGAGAAGAUGGGGAUGACGGUGGAAGACGAUGGAGAGUUCUGGAUGACCUUUGAAGACUUCUGCAAAUACUUCACGGACAUCAUCAAGUGCCGUCUCAUCAACACAUCCUACCUCAGCAUCCAUAAGACCUGGGAGGAGGCAGUGCUCCAUGGGGUGUGGACCAGAAGUGAAGACCCCUUGAAGAACCGCAGUGGAGGCUGUAUCAACCACAAGAACACCUUUUUGCAGAACCCCCAGUACGUGUUUGAUGUGAAGAAGGCGGAAGAUGAAGUGCUGAUCUCCAUCCAGCAGAAGCCAAAAAGGACCAGUCGCAAAGAAGGCAAAGGAGAGAACUUGGCCAUAGGCUUUGAUAUCCAUAAGGUGGAGCUGAACAGGAACUACCGCAUGCACACCCUGCAGCAGAAGGUGGCCAGCUCCAUCUACAUCAACUCCCGCAGCGUCUUCCUGAGGACGGACCUGAAGGAAGGCCGCUACGUCAUCAUCCCCACCACAUUUGACCCUGGGCACGAGGGCGAGUUCCUUCUCAGGGUUUUCACAGAUGUGCCUUCAGAUUGCCGAGAGCUGACGCUGGAUGAGCCACCGCACACCUGCUGGAGUGGGAUGUGCGGCUACCCGCAGGUGGUGUCCCAGAUCCACGUCCUUGCUGCAGCUGGGCUCAGGAACCAGGACUCCCAAGGAGGAGCUGACCCUUACGUGAUCAUAAAGUGCGAAGGGCAAAAGGUUCGCUCCCCAGUGAAGAAGGACACGGUGUCUCCAGAAUUUGAUGUGAAAGGCCUCUUCUACCGCAAGAAGCCAGGACAACCCAUCAUAGUUCAGAUCUGGAACCACAACUUGAUAAGUGACGAGUUCUUGGGCCAGGUGGCACUCACAGGAGACCCCAGCGACCUGCAGUCAGUGCACACGCUGCACCUCCAGGACAAAGGGAACAGGAGAUCAAAUGAUCUGCCUGGCACCAUCGCCGUGAGGCUGCUCAGCAGCAACGUGCUCACCAAUGUCUGAGCCCUCAAGGACUCUUCUCUGGUGCCACAUAUGUAUAUAUAUACAUAUAUAGACGUGCACACGCAUAUAUAUACACCCAGCCUCUCUACCACCUGCAAGUGUAUAUGAACGAUGCAUGCAUUCCACUCAAAGGAGCCAAAUUUGUGUUUUCAAUGUUCAAAAUGGUGCCUUUUGGGGGAACCGCAACGAUCCUUCUGCUGGCGUCCUCUGCAGCCCAUCACCGCCACGCGCCCCGGGGCAUCUCUGCGUGUCCCGACAGCCAGAGCACGAUGCCCGCGUGCUCUUUGUUUACACAGGGGUGGCACGCACGUGCACCAUGCAUCUCCAAUGUGUCUGCUUGGGUUUAGAGUAGGGCACGGGGAGUCUUCUCCCCGUGAAUUGCCAUUUAAUCGCUUAUCCGAGGAGGCCACAUCAGCAAAGCAGAAGUGGAAAAAUAGAUUGGGGCUUUUGGGAUGUUUUCCGGGUUUCUGAAGGAUGCAAAGAUGCUAACGACCGUGGCAGGACAGCUGAUCUCCAGAGCCAGGUUUCUGAGCCGGUCUGGUCUCACCUCCUGUGUGUGCCUCUCAAACUGCCGUGGUGCCUGCUGUCUCCAUCGCUUCGUGCAGUCCCUGUCUCUAGAGCUUGAAUUUGGCUUUUGGUUGAGUGGGGUUGGGUUGUUUGAUGGAUACAUUCAACAUUUAGGUAAGAGGAGAACAGUUCCUCCAAAGUCCAGAGCAUCAGGUCCGAUGGAUGAGAAGCUUUGCUCAACGGGCAUCAGCUUUACUGCUGCAUACAGACCUCCAUCGCAUCGUUUCUCAGUGCUUCACUUUCCCAAGUUCUUUUUGAAAGCCGUGGGGUUUUAUCUUGUGCUAAAGGAGAGGAGCACUACUCCCAGAGCAGCCUGAAAUACUAGAAAUAUUUAAUUCAUACCAGUGUCCAUCUCCCACCUUCAAUUUCCAUCUGCUGGCCUGGAGGAUGAGUUGCACUGGGCUAAAGUCAGUCCCACAAGCACAACCCAAACACGUUUUCAGGGGACUGAGCACGGUCCUGCAGUGUGCAGGAUCAUGCUCUGCUCCUGUUUGCCAUGAACCCUGGGUUUAUCUUCCCUGUUCCACUGGGUGGCAGAAUCCAGCUUCAUUUAAACAUCCCAGAUGAAGGAAAAAAUCCCUCGUCUGCCCCAUCUGAUCAAGGUACAUCGCAUAGCACUUUUUCUUCUGUUGUUUAGGUGUAGGGUUUUUUAUGUGCCUUUCAAAAUGGUGUGAGGUAAGGGUUUUUCUGUGAACUCGACAUGAUUUUCUAACAUGUAGAUCUUUUGCAGUCACCUCCGUGCAAGAGGAAGGGAACACACAUGAUGCAAGGGGAAGGAAACACACAUGAUGCAAUGCUUCCUGUAAAUGGGAUUUUUUUUAGUAGGUAGAAGGCAAUCAUGAUAAAUUCUGGCCUGAGCAGAGUCCUCUGGCUGCAAGGACAAGUGAACACGCAAGCCCUCUACUGCUACAGCAAGUAGGAUUUCUGACUAUCCUGCUAAAUGCCCGUGUUUGUGCUGUAAAGCUGUAAUUUUUUAAAGUCCCUAAAGAUCUGCUAGGUCUGUAACAUGGUAAAUUGUUUCCCAAAGUCAAGUUAGGUACCAGCUCCAAUCCUGGUGCCUCCUGAAGCACCCGGUACAACUUCAUGGAUGUUUGUAGGCUGUUCUCCUUUCCUCAUCGUUAGCUGCCAAGCUCCUUAGGGUACGAAUUGGAUUUUGGGCAGCAUGAUCGAGGGUUAUUCCGAUUUGGUCCUGGGUUUGUGCAUGGGACUCAUCACCGAAAAUAAGUGGAAGCAGCACUGUGGGGCCAGAAAGUCUGCUUUAGGUUUUAGGAGAGGAUCUGGGAUGCCUGGAAAUACCCGGGAGAGGAGGGAGAAGAGCCACUGAUCUGGAGGAGAACAUCACAGGAACGUCACAGGAGCUUUGCACCAUCAGCAGCAGGUGGGGACAGCCAGCGUGCCUGCUCGAGCCUCGUUUUCUCAGGAAAUCAGGCUGCCCAUCGCUUCAGCCUUUUGGCCGGGGUCCCCCCAAAAAUGGCAAACUGCACUGUUAGCCCCAAGGAGCGGUGCUGAAGCUUGCUGGGGGGGUAGCGAUGCCCCGACAUCCACGGCCAGGCUCCUUCCUUCUACAGAGAAUCAAGCCAUAAAGAAAGGCAGCUUUUUAAUACCUUCUUCAAAAAAAAAAAAAUCAUCAUCUUGCCAUAUCAGGACCAAAAGUUUUUAAUAUUAGUAAUAGUUCUGUUCUUUUUUCUUUUUUUUUUCUUUUUUUUUUUUUUUUAAAUAUUAAGUUAGAAGCCUUCUUUCCCCCUUCAUUUCCAAGGGAAUGACAAAAAAUAUCUUUUUUUUUUUUUCUUUUGUUUGUAGAGUGGACUGGGGAGGGCAGUUAUUGAAAUGCCAUUGUGAUUCUCGAUGCCUUUUCUCUUUGAAUGAAGCAAAUGGAAAUAUUCAAGGUUUCUUGAUAAGCCUGCUAAGCACUUUCCAGUCCCCCCGAGAUGGCGUAGGACAUAUCUCUGAUUUAUCUUCCAUUUUUUCAUGAAUCAUUUCAUUGAUUGCAAGUAGCCUGCCAUUGCACUCUGUGAAAUCCUUUUUAUUUUUCAUGUUGUGAGUGUGUUAAACCAGGCUAUGACUUGUCUUCACCUCCAAAGGCACUGAUGUGUCACGCUGCACAAGAUCAGAGAGCGGGCCAAACAGAAAGCCAAUGUUGUACAGCUGUAAACCUCCUAUAAAUAAAUUGGGUAUAUUUUAUUCAGAA